GCUGUCAGUGUCAGAAACUAACCUUGCUCUUUGUAGGUUAUCAAUUUGUAUGGCAAUCUAGAUUUUUAAUUUUUGUGUUUUCGGAAGCUUAGGUACACGCAACUGUGUUUUAAUUUUCUAUUGAAAUCUGGUUUUGUAAAAGUGAAAGAAUAGUAAUGGACAAGUUUUUCAAGCCAGCUCGAUGUCAAGAGGGUGGAGGAUAUUUGAAACGGGCUAAUCCUACCAGUCUUCACGACAUCUUCAACAAGUACGCUUCGGUCGACAAGAAUGGAGAGAAAUUCAUGACGUCCAAUGACUUCGUCAUCAGAUACUUAGGUUUAUUCGACGAUAAGAACUACAACAAAGAAUCCGUCAAUCUUCUUGCCGCCAUCGUGGACACCAGCAAAGAUGGGCUCAUAUCAUACUCUGAAUUUCAAGCCUUCGAAGGGUUGCUCUGCUUUCCGGACGCCCUGUAUAAAACUGCCUUCCAGCUAUUCGACACCAACGGCAAUGGGAUGGUCAGCUUUCCGGAAUUCGUGGAGGUGAUACAGAAGACAGAACUCCAUAAAAGGAUACCUUUUAAUAUGGAUUCGCCGUUCUUGCAACUAUACUUCGGGAAGGACAAACAGAGAGUGGUGUCUUAUAGUGAGUUCGGCCAGUUUUUGCACGAUUUCCAUGAAGAGUACGCUAUUGAAGGCUUCAGACGGGCCGACAAAAACGGUACUGGGUUCAUAUCGGUCAUGGACUUUCAAGACAUUAUGACUAAUAUCAAAAGCCACCUUCUAACCCCACAAGUGCAGUCACAUCUUAUAGAGACAGCCCAAGGGUCCCAGACCGGCGGAAGAAAAGUCAGUUUUCCCUACUUCAUAGCAUUUAAUUCCCUUCUGAACAACAUGGAGUUGGUCAAGAGGAUAUACUUGAACGUUACAAAUGGUCACCGGACCCAAGAAGUGAGUAAAGAAGAGUUUAUGCACUCUGCACAAGUGAUGUCGCAAAUGACACCGCUAGAGGUCGAUAUAUUGUUUCAUCUGUGUGAUGUUUUACAUCAGAGCGGGAAAAUUGUAUACAAUGAUCUAUACUCGAUAGCACCCGAGCAGUAUUUCAAACAAAUUACAAACAGAUUGGCGGAAAUAAAGGCUGUGCAGAGUCCCGAAGAUAGAGGCGUGGUCAUUCAAAUUUUGGAAAGCGCCUAUCGGUUUACCUUAGGUUCAGUAGCAGGAGCUGUGGGAGCAACAGCCGUGUAUCCCAUAGAUUUAGUCAAAACGAGAAUGCAAAAUCAGAGGACAGGUUCCUUCAUUGGUGAAGUUAUGUACAGAAAUAGUUUCGACUGCUUUAAAAAAGUGGUGCGACACGAGGGCGUAUUCGGUCUUUACAGAGGUUUGGUGCCACAACUCAUGGGUGUGGCCCCAGAGAAGGCUAUCAAAUUGACGGUCAACGACUUCGUCAGAGACAAGUUCUAUGACAGCAAAGGCAACAUUCCUCUGCUCGGCGAAAUUAUUUCUGGAGCAUGUGCCGGAGGUUCCCAGGUCAUCUUCACGAAUCCAUUGGAAAUCGUGAAAAUUCGAUUGCAGGUAGCCGGAGAGAUAGCCAGCGGCACGAAGGUGCGAGCAUGGUCGGUAGUCAAGGAGCUCGGGCUGUUCGGAUUGUACAAGGGCGCACGCGCAUGUCUUCUCCGAGACGUGCCAUUCAGUGCGAUUUAUUUCCCCGCGUAUGCGCACACGAAGGCAGCUUUGGCCGAUGAAAGGGGAUAUAACCAUCCAUUGUCCCUCUUGGCAGCUGGAGCUAUUGCUGGUGUCCCCGCAGCAUCGUUGGUUACCCCAGCUGACGUGAUCAAAACCAGAUUGCAAGUGGUAGCAAGGGCGGGACAAACCACUUAUAGCGGAGUUAUAGACGCAACCAAGAAGAUUUAUAAGGAAGAAGGGUUCAGGGCGUUUUGGAAAGGAACAAUACCCCGUGUGUUUAGAUCCUCGCCCCAGUUCGGUGUCACACUUGUAUCCUACGAGCUUCUCCAGCGAAUGUUGUAUAUAGACUUCGGAGGAACGAGACCUUCUGGUUCCGAAUUGAAGGUGAUGGAAGAGGCAAAAUCAAGAAACCCAGAUCACGUGGGCGGUUAUUCAGUGUGUCUGCCAAUAUUCUCAGGAAUUGAAUCCAAGUUCGGUUUAUGUUUUCCCAAAUACAACGUUCAAAGGACGGUCACAUAGAGUUUCCUGAGUAUUUAGUAAAACUAGAUAGGUGAAGAUUUUUCGAUCCAUCAGAUGUUUCUGGAACUUUUCAAUUACUCGCAAAUGCCGCUAAUUUUUCCCACGAUAUUUUCGAAUCUAUGAACGCUUCGGAUGAAUCACGAAUGAAUUUUACGAAUGUAUAUUAUAUUUCAAAACAGUUUUUGAAUAUUUUAAAAGAGGUUUUAUGAUAUAUUGAUAUAUGAGUACUACACAAAUAAACAUAUUUGGAAUAA